AUGCAGGCGCACCCGCAGGUGGCGGACGUGCAGUAUCAUGGCUGCGGGGCGCUGGGCAACGUGUGUCUCGGCACCGACGCCGCAGGGUUUGCACGCAUCCAGCGCACAGCAGACGCGGGUGGCAUCGAGGUGGCUGUGGCGGCGCUGCAGGCGCACCCGCAGGUGGCGGGCGUGCAGCGGUUCGGUUGCCGGGUGCUGGUCAACGUGUGCUUCGGCACCGACGCCGCAGCCCUCGCACGCAAGCAGCGCGCAGCAGACGCGGGCGGCAUCGAGGCGAUCGUGGCAGCGAUGCAGGCUCACCCGCAGGUGGCGGGCGUGCAGCAGAAUGGCUGCUUGGCGAUGGCCAGCGUGUGCUUCGGCAGCGACGCUGCAGCGUUCGCACGCAAGCAGCGCGCAGCAGACGCGGGCGGCAUCGAGUUGGUCGUGGCGGCGCUGCAGGCGCACCCGCAGGUGGCGGGCGUGCAGCAGUUUGGCUGCUUGGCGUUGGGCAACGUGUGUUCUGGCAGCGACGCUGCAGGGCUCGCACGCAAGCAGCGCGCUGCAGACGCGGGCGGCAUCGAGUUGGCCGUUGCAGCGCUGCAGGCGCACCCGCAGCAUGCGGGCGUGCAGCAGGAUGGCUGUGGGGCGCUGUUCGACGUGUGCGUCGGCAGCGACGCCGCAGCGCGGGCGCGGAGGCAGCGAGCUGUGAUUGCGGGCGCUCCCGAGGCGGUGGCAGGGGCUAUGCAGGCGCUCCCGGGCGACGCAGCUGUCCAGAGGCAAGGACAGCGUUUGCGUGAUCUUCUUGCCUGA